AUGGGACUACUUACUGCAGCAAAACUCUUGCGAAAGUUGCCAUGGGUACAGGAAGCCAUCAGCUGCAAACGGAUCGAGCUUACCAAUACGAACGAUCAGAGAGAACAGCUCCUGAUAGAUAUUGCGAGGGAUGUAUUUGACUACCUUAGAAUCAAUCGGAAGGAAAUCCCACAGGCGUUCAGCGCGCUUAUUAACAUGAUGAAGGCAACCAAUAUCCUCAACCACGCCAUGGGACUUGUCGACAGACUGACUAACCGGCCGAAACGGUACCAUCUGUUUGAGAAAACCACAACGGCAGCGGCGGCGUAUAAUGAAUCCGACGGCAGAAAGCGCCAGACACGCAGCGCAAACCAAUUGUCCAUUGCUUCGACCAUUGGGGAAGCGAUUGACGUUGUUUUGGCCGUUGAAAUGAGCUUUGUUCUUGUCGUCCCAGGAACUGGACCUAUUUGA